AUGUGUAACAUUACUGCAACAAGGAAAAUGUACUUGAAUGGAUGUAAAAACAGAAUACUCGAUUCUUCGCCUUCUGAUGUUGCAUAUACCCGAUCACACAAAAAAUACUUCCUUCAAAAUUGUACUAAUUAUCCCACCGGAUGUUUGGACGAUUUUUAUGGACAUAAAAGGUAUAGUACAACGCAAUUUCUCGAAUUACAAAAGAUAGAUAAUUCAAAUGAUUCAUUUGGAGCACUGGAAAUCUAUGGGAAUAACAAAGAAGAAAUUAACAGGAUAUUUCUCGGUAACGAAACAAAUAUUUUGCUCUAUGUAGCAGCAUUUGCCACUGGCUUUCUCGUGGUAAUCACAUGCUUAUGCUUAUUUAUCUAUCUAAAGUCUACCCUUUCAAAAUUCAAUUUUUACAGUAGUAGAUGUUUACAGGGAAUUGAUGAGUUCAACCUGAGAGAACAUAGCUUUGAAGUUAUAAAUGGUUAUAAUUUAGCGGAGCUGCACUCUAAAAAUCCACAUCUAACAAAGAUAGAUGACUAUAUUUGUGAGGUAGAAAUAAGAUCUAGCAAAAACAAGUUCUGUGAAGACCAAGAGGAUUUAAAUCAUGAAGUAAGUGGCUCAGAUAAUGAAGGAGCAAAGAAUAUUAUUGACGAACUAUUUAAUAAAAUUGAGCAUAUCCAAUGA